AUGUCCUUCGCUACUAAAAGCACGCAUCACGCCAACUACGACGAUGCUAAUGCUAGCGUUAUGCUUAUACACGUAGAUCAUAUUGAUCUUUCACUCCAAAUAGACUCAAUUAACAGCUGGACGUUACUAAGGCCAUUGAGACCUUGCCUUUCGAAGCGCACUCGAUACUCAGCUAGGUAUGCUGCUUUCGAAGCAGCAGAAGACCUUCAAUUUGCUACCGCUAACCCUUACGAGGCCUUGAGUAAUGACAGCGAAGUCUUUUCGGUAGACAACCAAAAGCCUAGCGAGAUAGAGCGUUUGCUACCCGCUUUAGAGUUCAGCGGCUCUAAAGAUAAUAUAUCGAAGAGAGAAAGGAACAAAAAUAGCCCUGCGGAGCGCUCUAUCAAAACUACCGAGCACUACAUUAAGACGGCACUUAAUAAUGCCGAGCUGCUCGUCGAGUUCUGGUAUAAAGCUGCUAAAGCGCAGGCAUACACUCGUGCUAAGCUACGUCGAGGCCUUAAGAUAAUGGAAGAUGUUAUAAACGAAGUAACGAGGCAACCUUUCCGUAAUGCUGCUCUUCGGAAUAAAGAAUCGAAGAGAGCCGAAGCCACUUCGCCUCCAAAGUCAACAUCGCUUAUUACCGAGACGAAAUUAAUCGAAGACCUUGAUAAUAAACCGAAAGGCCCGACUCCUUUUGGGCAAGACCACCAAGUUGCACAAGUUACUUCUACAAAGACCAUCGGUACAAAACGGAAGGCCGACAAAGAGCUUCUUAAUGCUUUUAAGACAUCAGUCCAGCCCCGGCAAAGCUGGAACUUGCCCGGUAUUAAGCUAGAUAAGCGUGCAAGUGAUACCCUUGACCCCGGUAAACGAUAUGCCAGGACUUCUACGUUCCAAACCUCGCUUAUUACAAGGAAGAGAAAAAGCUUGUUGUUAACAGAAAACGAGAAGGCUAUAAUGGCCAUCUUCGAUUAG